AUGGUGUCGUGGAUGCGGAAAAAUCUUUUACUUGUGAUGACAAUUGGGUCUGUUAUAUCAGGUGCUUUGCUUGGAUUUGUCAUCCGUCCAUUAAACCUUUCAGCUCAAACGAUCAUGGUGGUGAGCUUCCCUGGAGAAUUGUUGAUGAGGAUGUUGAAGAUGAUGAUUCUCCCUCUGAUUAUUAGUUCUCUAAUCUCAGGUCUUUCACAACUAGACGCAAAACAGUCCGGAAAAAUGGGAUCGUUGGCGAUUACCUACUACUUUGUCACUACAAUUGUUGCUGUAAUUACUGGAAUCAUACUGGUGCUGUCCAUUCAUCCUGGAGAUCCAAGCAUUAAGGAGGAUCUCGGCGAGGGUACGGAAGGAAAGACAGUUAGCACUCUGGACACGUUACUCGAUUUGUUAAGAAAUAUGUUUCCGGAAAAUAUUGUGGCAGCCACAUUUCAACAAGCUCAGACGAAGUACGUCACCAUUCGUCCGAAGAUUCUCAAAAUAAACGAUACUAUGCAUUUGGAGAUGCUCAACAAUGGCACUCUUGACUAUGUGAAGGCUGCACUAGAAUACAACGACGGCAUCAACGUGCUUGGAAUAAUCGUGUUUUGUAUUGCUCUGGGAAUCUCACUAUCACAGCUUGGUGCUGAAGCUGAUGUGAUGAUACAAUUCUUUGUCAUCAUGGAUAAAGUGAUUAUGAGACUCAUGAUCACUGUCAUGUGGUACUCUCCAUUUGGAAUUUUGUGCUUGAUCAUGGGAAAAAUUCUUGAAAUCCAUGAUCUCGCUGACACAGCACGAAUGCUUGCCAUGUAUAUGUUUACGGUUUUGGCUGGAUUAGCUGUUCACUCACUCAUUUCGCUUCCACUUCUUUUCUUCAUAACAACGAAAACCAAUCCGUACUCAUUCAUGCGUGGACUUCUUCAAGCCUGGAUCACAGCUCUUGGAACCGCUUCUAGUUCGGCGACACUUCCGAUCACUUACAAUUGCCUGGAGGAAAAUCUUGGCGUUGAUCGAAGAGUUACACGUUUUGUACUUCCUGUCGGUGCUACCAUCAACAUGGAUGGAACUGCGUUAUACGAGGCAGUGGCGGCUAUUUUCAUCGCUCAAAUGAAUGGUGUCUAUUUGACAUUUGCCCAAGUGAUCACUGUCAGUCUUACUGCCACUCUUGCAUCCAUCGGUGCAGCAUCAGUACCAUCUGCCGGUCUAGUGACAAUGCUCUUAGUGUUAACAGCAGUAGGACUACCAGUCAAAGACGUAUCGUUAAUCGUCGCCGUUGACUGGUUACUAGAUCGUGUUCGUACUUCUAUCAAUGUGCUCGGAGAUGCGUUCGGUGCCGGAAUCGUUUAUCAUUAUGUGAAAGAAGAUCUCAUCGCUCACGAUCGCCUUCAUCCGAUGCGUACUCUCUCAAUGGGUAAGAUACAAUCAAAGAAAUUUUUAAGGCUAAACGAGAAGGUGUAA